CCUCCUCGCUCUUGUCCAGAGCAAACCAACCCGCCUCACCUCUGCUCCACUAAAUAGCCGCCUUCACCACCUCCAUAUCUUAAUGGCGGACCCGCCAGUUAACAGCUUCUUCACUCGGCUCAACUACGAAGUCCGGGUCCAGAUCUAUGCGUACCUGGAGAUUCCCGGCAAAUGUGCAAGAGGCUUCAUCCUGUCAUGCCGCCAAGCGUACGAUGAAUCCGUCCUGGAGACAAAGAGCCGUUUGCUUCGUCUCAAAACUGAGUUCGAAAAGAACACCGGAAGCGAAGCCACCUUAUCCGACUUCAGCGCCGCGACGAGCCUUGCUCAACUGCGAAAUGUCCGGAUAGAUAUCUUGUACUCGAGCCUAAACAACCAUAACAACCGUUGUGGGGCGUUCCGCGCAGGUUUCGAUGUUUUAUGGCGGUCCCUUCUGGAACUGAAUCUGGACAGUCUGGUGAUCAUGGUUAAUGGGAGCGACGAUGGCAUUUACCAAAAAUGGAGCCCUAGUAUUGUGCCAGAAAAUAUAUUCUCUACGGCUUUAGUCGGUUCAUUUAGGGAAAGGAUGAGCCGGUGGGUAAGGGAAAACGACUUGGUAUAUGAGACGAAUGGACUCACCCCGCCUCCUUUUAAACAUGUAACCAUAGCAUGGGACUUUCGACAUGGAGGCAGAAAUGACGAAAGAUGUCUGAGCGGAAGUUGUUGGGCGUAUGUCGGAAAACAUUGCGUGAGCAGAUGCUAUUGGCUCCGAACAUACCAACGUGGGAUGACCGGACAGCUUGUCUGGACGGCUGAAGAACGACAUGGGAUUGAAAUGGGUACCAGUACCAUUUGCUUCCUGCCUAGAUUGGCUCACACAGAUGACGAAGUCCUUGUGACUUGUUCAAAAAAGGGUCUCCAAAUACCUGCGCAAUUUGGCCAAAUCCUCACCCUAAAACCAACGAUACAUGUACCAACCAGAAACCGGCUCGCAAAUGAGGCAACCAGACAAAAGUGCGGUUUCAAAACUUUUCUACCGCAAAGGCGCAAGGAUAAGGAGGCAAACAGAGAGCAGGAGCAAUUUCACCGGUAGGGUGUUCACCUGCUGGUUUCUUAGAUGAAGGUCAUUGGAUUAGCUUGCCGAUUGGGAACGUUCCUUCGGCGAAUAACCAACGGCGGGCUCUCAAACUGUGGUUUCUCCAUGUACUUAGCCCCGGUGACGGUUAGGCGUCCAUCUUCCCAAAACAAAUUCGCGAACUUUGUAUCGCUUCAAA